CCGCCGCCACCGUCGCGCCACCUCCUGCCUCGGGCAGGGCCUUCGCCAGCCGCCGCGUUGCCCUCGCCCGCCGUUCUGCUGUCCUGGUAAAGUUGCUAGAAGAAAGGUUUUUUCAAUCAACAGUGGUGCGUCAGUGCAACCUGCAAAAGAGAAUCAGUUUGUGUACCAAAUGAUCUGUAAUGCUACCCAAUUACAUCAGGGACCAAAUAUUUCCCAGGACUAAGUAAAAUUUUUGUAACAAAAUGUGCUAUGUAUUAAUGGGAUAUUUAAAAUACUUCAAGAUCUUAUUUCUACAAAAAUGCUGGUGGAUGUCAACAUGGCUUAGAUAAAGUACUUCCCUCUGGAAAGAUAUUUUGUGUGCUGCCGUAAGACUCACUAACUCCAUUUGUGGCAGUGGCAAAGUAACACAACUAUCAAGAUGACAGACCCUAUGAUGGAUUUUUUUGAUGAUGCCAAUCUUUUUAGCGAUACUUUGGAAGGCUUAUCUGAUGAUGCCUUUGUACAAACUGGGCCUGUUUCUCUGGUUGAUGAGUUGAACUUGGGCGCAGAGUUUGAGCCUUUGCAGAUCGAUGCUUUGAACCACGUGCAGGAGACACAAACUCAGCAAAAGAUGAACGAUUACGAACAUCUCAACCAGUAUGACUCCCUGAAACUGCAAGUCAGCCAGUCGUUCAGUAGCCCGGUCGAAAACGUUUUAUCCCCGCAUUCUGACUUCAGUUGCUCUCCUGUCCAUCCACAAACUCAAACGAAUGGAUUGUUUCCUGACGAUGUAGCAGAUGGGAGUCCGAUGUGGGGCCACCAAACCUCGAGCAGCGUUUCUAACCAGAACGGAUCUCCGUUCCAUCAAGGACCCACGCCGUCUAUGCAGCAAAAUAAAAGCUUUGUAGCACACCACAGUUUUGCCUUAUUUCAGGCCAGCGAACCGCAUCAUCCGUGUGCCUCAUUGCAGUUACCGCAAAGCAUGAAUGCAGGAGAGAACACGCGGAAUCAGCCUGAUGGUUUCAUGGAGGUGAAUGCGCCUGUUUCACAUAGAACUAACAUUCCCCAUCCCUCCCAAGCUGUUGACGUAUCCAAAUCGCAGCAGUCUAUCUCUAUGCCAUCCUUUUCCCAGAGUAGGAAUAACUCGCCCCACUUUUGUGGAAAUCAAGAAGGAAGCUACGACGGGCCCUCUCCUGCGAUCACGUCAUGCUCUAUUAACACACAGUUUUCUCCUCCUUUUCCCUACAAUAGCAACCAGAUCUCUCCUUCCAGUCUUCUUCAAUCUACCGCAGCUCUUUCUGUCAGCCAGCAAGCUCACCCUCUGCCUGACUUUUCCGGAAGCGAUGCCUUUGCAACUCGAAGAGGGACCAAACAAGAAGAUUCAGACAGCCUCCUCAAUUCAAGUACGUCUCUGGCUUCAAAUAAUUUCCACGUGUUGCAUUCAGCACAACCUCAGGGCACCUUCAGUAGUUCAAAACUAUCCGCGGUGAACAUGAAUUUUUCUACCCCUCCUGGUUCUGGUCCCCAGCUAAGCCACUUUAGCGAUCCCAUAGAGGGCAAUGGUUUUCCGUCUCUGGAUGAGAAUUUGCUCCGUCAGGUGGAGUCUCAGAGUGCAUCAUUUUCAGAACUCGACCCAGAAGCCCUUCUCCAGGAAGAUCUCCUUCCCCAGUUUGAUGAAACUGCCUUUGUUCAGGACGCCCCGAGUAAUGAUUUAGAACAUCACCUGGAACAGCGCCUUGUCCCACAAACCAACCUUCUUCAGACUCCACCUCAAAACUGCAACCAUCCUUGGUAUCCUCCUGGUUCUAAUCUACAUCAGCCAGAGCAGAAGAACGUCAGUGCUGAAGCCCAGCCCCCCUCUGCCAAGAAAGCAGAUGGUUCCGGGGUACACACUAAGCUGCAGAAUACCCAGGUGAAAUCAAUGCUCGAGAAGAAACAGAAGAAAAAAGUGGAAUCCGAAAGCAAGCAGGAGAAAGCCAAUCGCAUCAUAUCCGAGGCGAUAGCCAAAGCAAAAGAGAGAGGGGAGAGAAACAUCCCGAGAGUCAUGAGUCCAGAAAACUUCCCAAGUGUUUCGGCAGAGGGGAGAGAAGAAAAAAAAGGGAGAAAAGCUAAAUCCAAACCAAAAGACAAAGAAAGCAGGAAGGCCAAAACUGGCUCUUCCAAAACUAAAGAGAGGGCAAAAAUCAGCAAGCUUAUCAUCACACUGGGUAAAAAACAGAAGAGAAAAAAUGAUUCCUCAGAUGAAAUGUCAGAUGCUAAACAGACAACUCGGCAACCCUUCAAAAAUGAAAAUUCACAGAAGAGAAGAUCGAAUCGACAAGUUAAAAGGAAGAAAUAUGCCGAAGAAGGCGAAGGAAAGCAAUCUGAGGAAGAAACCAAAGUUUCUGUAAAAAUAAAAAAAAAUUCUACUCCUUUGCCGGCUGAGCAACCUUUACAAUUAUUUGUAGAGAAUCCAAGUGAAGAAGAUGCAGCAAUUGUAGAUAAAAUUUUAUCCUCCAGAAUUAGAAAAAAAGAAAUUCCUGGGACCGUGUCAGUAGAAGCAGAAGAAUUUUUUGUUAAAUACAAAAACUACUCCUACCUCCACUGUGAAUGGGCCACAGAGCAGCAGCUUUUAAAGGACAAAAGAAUCCAGCAGAAAAUCAAGCGUUUCAAGCUGAGGCAAGCACAGAGAGCCCAUUUUUUUGCAGAUAUGGAGGAAGAACCUUUUAAUCCUGAUUAUAUUGAAGUAGACCGGGUUUUAGAAGUCUCCUUUUGUGAAGAUAAAGACACUGGAGAGCAUGUUACUUACUAUUUAGUAAAGUGGUGCUCCUUGCCAUAUGAAGACAGCACUUGGGAAUUGAAAGAAGAUGUAGACCAAGGAAAAAUAGAAGAAUUUGAACAGCUGCAAGCUUUAAAACUUGAUUCAAGACGAUUGGAUCGCCCUCCACCUAAUUCAUGGAAGAAAAUAGAACAGUCCAGGGAAUAUAAAAAUGGCAACCAACUCAGGGAAUACCAAUUAGAAGGUCUCAACUGGCUUCUUUUCAAUUGGUACAACAGACAAAACUGCAUUUUAGCAGAUGAAAUGGGCCUUGGCAAAACCAUCCAGUCGAUAACAUUCCUCUAUGAAAUCCUUCUGAAUGGUAUAAGAGGACCCUUCUUGAUCAUUGCUCCCCUUUCAACCAUCACCAACUGGGAGAGGGAGUUCCGCACCUGGGCCGAUCUGAAUGUUGUCGUCUAUCACGGAAGCAUGAUUAGUAGGCAAAUGAUACAGCGCUAUGAGAUGUAUUUCAGGGAUUCGCAGGGCCGCAUCAUUAGGGAUACCUACAAGUUUCAGGCCAUUAUCACCACUUUCGAAAUGAUUCUUGGGGGCUGUCCCGAACUCAAUGCAAUUGAAUGGCGUUGUGUUAUCAUUGAUGAAGCACACCGAUUGAAGAAUAGAAACUGCAAACUUCUGGAGGGACUCAAACUCAUGAAUCUUGAGCAUAAGGUGCUAUUGACUGGCACACCACUGCAAAACACUGUAGAAGAAUUAUUCAGCCUUCUUCACUUCCUUGAACCUCUGCGAUUCCCAGCUGAAUCUACAUUCAUGCAGGAAUUUGGAGACCUUAAAACGGAGGAACAGGUGCAAAAGUUGCAAGCUAUUCUGAAACCGAUGAUGCUAAGAAGACUGAAAGAAGAUGUAGAGAAGAAAUUGGCUCCCAAGCAGGAAACCAUUAUUGAAGUGGAGUUAACAAAUAUCCAGAAGAAAUACUAUCGAGCUAUUUUAGAGAAAAACUUUGCAUUUUUGUCCAAAGGGGCAGGGCAAGCUAACGUGCCCAACUUAGUUAAUACCAUGAUGGAACUCAGGAAAUGCUGCAAUCACCCAUAUCUUAUCAAAGGAGCUGAGGAAAAAAUCUUAGGAGAAUUUAGGGAAACCUAUAGUCCGAGUGCUCCUGAUUUUCACCUACAAGCAAUGAUCCAGUCUGCUGGGAAACUAGUCCUCAUUGAUAAACUUCUUCCAAAAAUGAAAGCGGGAGGCCACAAGGUGCUUAUCUUUUCUCAGAUGGUCCGCUGCCUUGAUAUCCUGGAAGAUUACUUAAUACAUAAAAGGUAUCUGUAUGAGCGAAUCGAUGGGCGAGUGAGAGGAAACUUACGUCAGGCUGCCAUCGAUCGAUUCAGCAAACCGGAUUCUGACCGGUUUGUUUUCCUUCUCUGUACCAGAGCUGGCGGAUUAGGCAUAAAUUUAACAGCAGCUGACACUUGUAUAAUUUUCGAUUCAGACUGGAAUCCUCAGAAUGAUUUGCAGGCUCAAGCUCGUUGUCAUAGGAUUGGCCAAAACAAGGCAGUGAAAGUCUACAGGCUGAUCACAAGAAACUCCUACGAGAGAGAGAUGUUUGACAGAGCCAGCCUAAAGCUCGGCUUAGAUAAAGCUGUCUUGCAGAGCAUGAGCGGCCGAGAAAACAGCGUUGGCGGUAUCCAGCAACUUUCCAAAAAGGAAAUUGAAGACUUGCUUCGAAGAGGUGCGUAUGGCGCCAUUAUGGAUGAAGAGGAUGAAGGCUCUAAGUUCUGUGAAGAAGAUAUCGAUCAAAUCUUGCAACGCCGCACAAAAACAAUCACAAUUGAAUCUGAAGGGAGAGGCUCUACUUUCGCUAAGGCUAGUUUUGUUGCAUCUGGAAACAGAACAGAUAUUUCAUUAGAUGACCCCAACUUCUGGCAGAAAUGGGCCAAAAAAGCUGAAAUAGACAUAGAUGCCAUCAGUGGUAGAAAUAGCUUGGUUAUUGACACCCCAAGAAUUAGGAAGCAAACAAGACCUUUUAAUGCUACGAAAGAUGAACUCGCUGAGUUGUCUGACAUUGAAAGUGAAGGAGAGGAUAAACCAAAACUCAGAAGACCUUGUGAUCGCUCCAGUGGAUAUGGGAGAACAGAAUGCUUUAGGGUUGAAAAAAACCUGCUAGUUUAUGGGUGGGGUCGUUGGAGAGAAAUUUUAUCGCAUGGGCGCUUCAAGAGGCAGCUAAACGAACAAGAUGUGGAGAUAAUUUGCCGAGCCCUCCUAGCCUAUUGCCUUGUCCAUUAUAGAGGAGAUGAAAAGAUUAAAAGUUUUAUCUGGGAUCUUAUUACACCGACUGAGAAUGGGCAGACUCGAGAAUUACAGAAUCACUUAGGUUUGUCAGCCCCCGUCCCCAGGGGCAGAAAAGGAAAGAAAGUUAAGACCCAAACAAGCACAUUUGAUAUACAUAAAGCCGAGUGGCUUCGCAAGUACAAUCCGGAACAUUUGUUGCAAGAUGAUGGGUAUAAAAAGCACAUAAAACACCACUGUAAUAAGGUUUUACUUCGAGUUAGAAUGCUAUAUUACUUGAAGCAAGAAGUCAUUGGUAAUGAAUUCCAGAAAGUUUUUGAAGGAGUUGAUUCCAGUGAAAUUGAUAUUUGGGUCCCGGAACCAGACCACUCUGAAGUGCCAGCUGAAUGGUGGGAUACAGAAGCAGAUAAAUCUCUGUUGAUAGGUGUUUUUAAACAUGGUUAUGAAAAAUACAACACAAUUAGAGCCGAUGCUGCCCUUUGCUUUUUGGAAAGAGUGGGGAAACCAGAUGAUAAGGCCGUGGCUGCAGAGCAGAGAGCAAAUGAUUAUAUGGACGGGGACGUAGAAGACCCAGAAUACAAACCAGCCCCAGCCUUGUUUAAAGAUGAUAUGGAGGAUGAUGCCUCAUCGCCUGGGGAUCUUGUAAUAGGAGAUGGAGAUGGUCAGAUGAUUGAGGGAGACAAGCUUUACUGGCCAACGCAGUCUGCCUUAACAACACGGUUGCGUCGUCUCAUAACAGCAUAUCAGCGUACCAGUAAGAGCAGGCAAUGCCAGCCAAUUCAAGCACCAUUUUCUGUCCAGGCUUGCGUGAUGCCAUCUGCCUUUGAAGAAACUGUUUUAAAUCCAAAAGUGGCUGCCAAAAUUGAAAGGCAGCAAAGGUGGACAAGAAGAGAAGAAGCUGAUUUCUACAGAGUGGUGUCUACUUUUGGCGUAGUAUUUGAUCCAGGCAGAGCCCAGUUUGACUGGACAAAAUUCCGAGCGAUGGCGAGGCUGCAUAAAAAAACGGACGAAAGUUUAGAGAAAUAUCUGUAUGCGUUCAUGGCCAUGUGCAGGAGAGUCUGUCGCCUACCUUCAAAAGAUGACUUUGUGGAUUCAAACCUUUUCAUCCAGCCAAUCACAGAAGAGCGUGCAUCUCGAACCUUAUAUCGUAUCGAGCUCCUCAGAAAGGUACGAGAGCAAGCUGUCCGUCAUCCUCAGCUCUGUGAGCGAUUAAAACUUUGUCAGCCAAAUCCAGACUUGCCCGUUUGGUGGGAAUGUGGGACCCAUGAUUGGGAUUUGUUGGUUGGUGCCGCGAAACACGGAGUUAGCAGGACAGAUUACCACAUCCUCCGCGAUCCUGAACUCUCCUUUAUGUCAGCUCAGAGGAACUACAGUCACAGCAAAGCGGCCCUUCCAAGGACUUCUACUCCUCUCUUGCAACAGUACCAGAUGGCGCUGUCAGCCUCUCCUCUCAUGCCUCAAGCCAGGCUGCCAGACGCCAAGGGGAACGUGUUGGAGGACACAAAACCUAAGGACGAAAACCACAAGGAACCUCAUUCUUCAGACGAAGAGCCCAUGUCUACUGAAAACGUGCAGUUGGGAGUGAAGGCAGAGCCGUCGAGCCCGAAGAGUGGCUCACCCUCACAUGCUGCAGACCCCAAGCCUGUUCCGAAGGCAGAGCACGACAGGCGCAUGGUGGCAGCGAGGACCGAACCCUUAACGCUAAAUGCUGCCUCCAAAAAGCCGAGAUCUGAAAAGAGAGGAUCAGACUCUAGCUCUGAUUCAGACUCCGAUUCAGAGAGAUCGUCCUGUUCUUCCAGAUCAUCUUCAUCUUCAUCGUCGUCUUCUUCCUCUUGCUCUCGUUCCAGAUCAGGGUCCAGCUCUUCAUCUUCUUCAUCUUGUUCUUCAGCAUCGUCGUCCUCCUCUUCCUCUUCUUCCUCGUCUUCCUCUUCCUCUUCUUCCUCUUCGUCGGAAGAGAGUGACAGUGAUGAAGAAGAGGCACAAAAGAGACGGGAAGGAACGCCUCACUUGAAAGCAUACGAUGAAGAAAGUGUGGCUUCUAUAAGCACCAUGCAAGAUGAAACCCAGGACAGUUUCCAAAUGAAUAAUGGAACACCAAAUUCUAAUUGUAUCUUACACGGUGGAUAUAUGUUAGCUGCUUCCUACUGGCCCAAGGAUCGGGUAAUGAUUAACCGCCUGGAUAGCAUUUGCCAAACGGUCCUGAAAGGCAAAUGGCCUUUGGCAAGGAGGAAUUACGAGAGCAAUCCCGUGGCUUCCUUCUACACCACCAAGCUUCUGGACAGCCCAGGUGCCGCUGCAGAUUACAGCGAGCCCGGCCUCCCGACUCCCCCGAGCGCAGACGUUAAAGAAGAAAGCGACCAGUCAGCACAGAUGUCAAAGGUGAAGAAGCAUGUGCAGGAAAAGGAGUUUACAGUGAAAAUCAAUGACGAAGGUGGUUUGAAAUUGAUUUUUCAGAAGCAGGGCCUUUGCCAAAAAAGGCCAUUUGAAAGCGAAGAUGGCCUGUUAGGGCAGCAACAGUACCUCGCCAGGCUACAUGAGCUCCAGAAUGCUUCGGAGACCAGCCUUGCCAAUUUCCCAAAGUCUUUGCCAGAGUCGGGAACCUCUAAGCAGUCGAACGCUUGUGCAAAUGGAGUAAUUAACAGCGAUCAGCCAGCCGUGAAAAAGAGGAGAGGAAGAAGAAAAAAUGUGGAAGGAGUUGAUAUCUUAUUUUUAAAUAGAAACAAAACACCUAACCACGUUUGUCACAGUGUUAAUACCCCUCAGGUUGGUCUAGGCAUAAUGCCCCCUCUUCCGUUUGCACCAUCGCAAGGCCUGUGUGAUGUGGAAAGCCCUGUUCCAGUUAUUAAUUUAAAAGAUGGCACAAGGCUGGCGGGCGACGAUGCCCCUAAGAGAAAAGAUUUGGAAAAAUGGCUCAAUGAACAUCCUGACUAUGUCGAAGAUUUAGGAGCCUUUAUCCCCAAAAUGCAGCUUCACGAAGGAAGACCAAAACAAAAAAGGCACCGUUGCCGCAACCCUAAUAAGCUGGACAUCAAUAGCCUUACUGGGGAAGAACGUGUUCAGCUGAUAAAUAGAAGAAAUGCUAGAAAGGUAGGUGGUGCCUUCGCUCCUCCUCUGAAAGACCUCUGCAGAUUCCUAAAGGAAAAUUCCGAAUAUGGUGUAGCUCCUGAAUGGGCAGAUGUUGUUAAGCAGUCGGGGUUUCUUCCAGAAAGCAUGUUCGACCGCAUUCUCACAGGACCUGUCGUUCGAGAAGAAGUCAGCAGGAGAGGAAGACGGCCUAAAAGUGAGAUUGCCAAGGCCACGGCUUCGGCAACGUCAGCAGCCAAUGUUCCAGUCACCCCUUUGCUGACCAACGGGCUACUCCCAGGGGUGGAUCUCUCAGCCUUGCAGGCCUUACAGCAAAACCUGCAAAACUUUCAGUCGUUACAGGUGACCACGGGUUUAAUGGGAAUAUCUGCCGGUCUGAACACGGCGGGCGACGCAAAAAACAUGGCCGCCGUCUUUCCCAUGUUACUUUCAGGAAUGGCUGGUUUACCAAAUUUGCUCGGCAUGCGAGGACUCCUAACCAAGUCUACUGAACCUGCUUGCGAGGAGAAGAAAGGGCAGGACUCUAGAGAGCUGGACGGAAAGCAAGAGAGGACAGAAAGCUCCCGUGCACAUAAUGGUGGAGAAAACUCCGUCUCGGGUUCUCCUUCGACCUCCUCGGCAGCCAGCACCACGGCCAGCUCCUUGGCUCUUAACCCUUUACUCUUGUCCAAUAUACUUUACCCAGGAAUGCUUCUCACGCCAGGCCUUAAUCUCCAUAUCCCAGCUUUGUCCCAGUCGAAUAUUUUUGAUGUACAGAACAGUGAAAAUCAUGGCACAGGCUUCACCAAGCCUCUGGGAGAGAGGGAAGAAAAUUCCAGGGUUCCAGAUGAAGAAGGCGGCAAGGGGGAAACCGAGCCGAGCUCUCGCACCGGAAACAGCACAGACGAAGCUUCGGAGAAGGCAGACGCGUCUUCUGGCUGUGACAGUACGUCCUCCUCCUCGGACGAUUCAGACUCCAGCGAUGAAGACUGAUUCUCCCCCAUCACCCCACACCAUCCCCAGGCUCUGCACUUAAAUUAUAAACUGGUUUUCAAGUUGUUCUUUCAUUAUUUUGUUGUAAAUAACACAGUGUUGCGUGAGUGCAUCAGUAAUUUACUGACCGGAACAUUUCAGUAUUGUUUAGAAGUGCAAACUGCUUUCAAAAAAAAACAAAACA